GUACUAUCAGUAGUCACGUGUGUUCGGGGGAGAUGGACGGCUUUCUGGAUCUGGGGCUUUCAUCGUGGCUCAUCGAGCAAUGCAAGCAACUGGGCAUCCGCAAACCGAGCCCGGUGCAAGAGAACUGCAUCCCGCCCAUAUUGGAGGGUCGCGACUGUAUGGGUUGUGCUAAAACCGGUAGUGGCAAGACUGCUGCUUUUGUUCUACCCAUACUCCAGAAGCUGUCUGAGGAUCCUUUUGGAAUAUUUUGCUUGGUGCUAACACCCACUCGUGAACUGGCUUAUCAGAUUGCUGAGCAGUUUCGAGUCCUCGGCAAGCCACUAGGUCUGAAGGAUUGUAUAAUUGUUGGUGGAAUGGAUAUGGUGGCACAAGCUUUGGCGCUGUCUAGAAAGCCGCAUGUUGUUAUAGCUACACCUGGCCGUUUGGCUGACCACAUUCGCAGUUCAAACACUUUCAGCAUCAAAAGGAUUAGAUUCUUGGUGCUGGAUGAGGCGGAUCGUCUUUUGGAACAGGGUUGUACUGACUUCACUAAAGACUUGCAAGUGAUUCUUGGAGCAAUUCCAGCCCAGAGACAGACUCUUCUCUUCAGCGCCACCUUGACAGAUACCUUGCAGGAGUUGAAAUCCAUUGCAAUGAACAAGCCUUUCUUCUGGGAAUCCACAUCAGAGGUGCGGACAGUGGAGCAGUUAGACCAGAGAUAUAUCUUGGUACCUGAGAAAGUGAAAGAUGCCUAUUUGGUGCAUUUGAUCCAGAAGUUCCAAGAUGAGCAUGAAGAUUGGUCCAUUAUGAUCUUCACCAACACUUGCAAAAACUGCCAAAUCCUCAAUAUGAUGCUUCGUGAGUUCAGUUUCCCUUCAGUAGCUCUGCACUCCAUGAUGAAGCAGAAAGACAGAUUUGCUGCCCUUGCAAAAUUCAAAUCCAGCAUUUACAAAAUUCUGAUUGCCACUGAUGUGGCGGCCAGGGGGCUGGAUAUUCCCACUGUGCAGGUUGUGAUCAAUCACAAUACCCCAGGCCUGCCAAAGAUCUACAUCCAUCGUGUGGGCCGCACAGCCAGGGCAGGGCGCCAUGGCAUGGCAAUAACAUUGGUAACUCAGUAUGACAUUCAUCUGGUGCAUGCUAUAGAAGAAAAGAUCAACAUGAAGCUGCAAGACUAUAUGGUGAAAGAAAGUGAAGUCCUGAAAAUCCUCACCCAAGUGAAUGUCACCAGGCGGGAAUGUGACAUUAAACUGGAAUGUACAGACUUUGAUGAAAAGAAGGAAAUAAACAAGCGGAAACAACUCAUUUUAGAAGGAAAGGAUCCAGAUCUGGAGGCAAAAAGAAAGGCAGAGCUUGAAAAAAUCAAAAAGCAGAAAAAGAAAUUCAAAGAACACAUUCAGGAGACAAUGCAGAAAGAACAAGAUGCCGUUGUACGCAGGAAGUUGAAGAAGAAACGACUCAGACAAGAAAAGAAGUUUGCCAAAGUUCAGCUGAGCAGUGACUGAAUCUGCAUUCACUUACCAGAACAGACCCUAGACAAACGACAGACAAUAGGGCAGCAGGAGUUGACCAUUUUCUAGUGUACUACGUGUGGCGUUAGUACAUAAAUAUUAUCCUAAUAGACUUUCCUUACAAUAAUAAGGAAACAUUAUGUCAUCCUGUGUUUACCAUUGGUAUGUGUAUUUCAUUGGGGAGCAGCAGUUCUAUGACCUAUAACCCAUGUAGAAAAUAUUUAAAAGAAACACCAGUUUCCCUUGGGCUGCUUAAUCUUCCUCUUACAAGUCAAUUGGAACUAGAGAGAGAUGUACCGUAUAUGUCAUGGCAGGCAGUUACUGGUGGCGCACUGAAUAUCCUCAGUUCCUUUUACACCAUUUAAAUUCCGAUAAGAAGCUUGAAUUCAAAGAUUUUGGGCUCACACACACGAACGUAUUUUCUUUCCGUGUCCGUUUCAUUUUUUUGCGGACCAUAUACGGAACCAUUCAUUUCAAUGGGUCCUCAAAAAAAACUGAAGGUACUCCGUGUGCAUUCUGUUUCC